UUUGUCUGAUUUCAUGGUAAUCCUGCGGACAGAGUUCAUGGUCCGUCGCUUUGUUUGCCCUCUCGCUUUAUUGACAGAGCUCGAUGUUGGUGUGCUUUGAUGGCAUAAGAAACCGCUUCCUUUUGUCCGGGAGUAAACCAGGAUGUCACUGAAGCAUGAACAGAGAGGCUCGUUGACUUGGCGCGUUGCCUCUCCGGCUAAGUUUGCAGAGCUGAUGCCAUUCCCUCAACUCAAAUAAGGAGCGUAUCGCGCUGUCCGCCAUUCUCUGCUGCCACACAGGUCCAGCACGUUGCUGGGGAAAUAGGAAUGCCGUUGGAUUACCGUAGACUGUUGGAAAAAUAAAAAAAGGAUUUUCAUGUAGAUGAAUGAAAGAGGGAGGGGUCAGCUCCUCGCUGUGCGUCUGGAAUGAUGGCUGUGUUCUUCUUCCUUGCUCUCGUCCAAUCGGUGAGCUGCAGCUCAAAUGGUUCCUGCCCUCAUCACACGCAGCCCCUCCCCGCCCCAGACUCCACGUCUCUGUCGCCAAACCUUUCUCCCUUCCUUUCUCCUCAUGGGUUUGCUGGUUGGUACCUGCUCUCUCUCUGCUGCUUAAUUUUUUUUGGGUAAAAAAAAAAAAAAAAAGAAUUGAAUAGAAGGGUUUAAGGAAAAACCAAGAGUGGGAUUUUUUUUAUAUUAAAUUUUUUUUAGCUUCUAAUCAGCAGAGGUGAGAGAUGGAAAAGCAGCAGCCGUGUGCUUUGAGCAGAAACCCUCAUACUCUGAAUACAUGGAAGGCUCACGAGCUGUACUACCUGAAAAUGCAGAGAAGCAAAGAAAAGAUGGAGCGGGAGAAAACUGACGAAAACGAGUAUCAGGGCAAGAGGAAACUGAAGGUGUGUGUGGCGACAUGCAACAGAGCCGAUUACUCCAAGUUAGCUCCCAUCAUGUUUGGGCUGAAAUCCCACCCUGAAGAGUUUGAACUGGAAGUGGUGGUGCUCGGCUCCCAUCUCAUUGAUGAUUACGGAAACACGUUUCGUAUGAUUGAGCAGGAUCACUUUGACAUUGGCUCCAAACUCCACACCAUCGUAAGAGGAGAAGACGAAGCAGCCAUGGUGGAGAGCGUGGGGCUGGCCCUGGUGAAGCUCCCCGACGUCCUGCAGAGACUCAACCCCGACAUCCUGGUCGUACACGGCGACCGCUUUGACGCGCUCGCUCUGGCAACCGCUGCCGCGCUGAUGAAUAUUCGGAUACUUCAUUUGGAAGGAGGAGAGGUUAGCGGCACUAUCGACGAUUCAAUCCGCCACGCGAUCAGCAAGCUGGCCCAUUAUCAUGCCUGCUGCACGCGCAUGGCAGAGCAGCACCUCAUCGCCAUGUGCGAGGACCACUCUCGCAUCCUCCUGGCCGGCUGCCCUUCAUACGACAAGCUGCUGUCCACUCAUCACCGGGACGACUACAUGGACAUCAUCAGGAGCUGGCUAGGCGACAAGGCGACGGACCGUGACUACAUUGUGGCGCUGCAGCACCCAGUCACCACAGACAUCCAGCACUCCAUUAAAAUCUACGGACUGAUGCUGGACGCGCUGAUCUCCUUCAACAAGAAGACGCUCAUUCUCUUUCCUAAUAUUGAUGCUGGGAGUAAGGAGAUGGUGCGUGUCAUGCGAAAGAAAGGCAUCGAGCAGCACCCCAACUUUCGGGCAGUGAAGCACAUUCCCUUUGAGCAGUUCAUCCAGCUGGUGUGCCACGCGGGCUGCAUGAUAGGAAACAGCAGCUGCGGAGUGCGGGAGGCCGGGGCCUUCGGCACGCCGGUCAUCAACCUGGGAACAAGGCAAACAGGCAGAGAAACAGGUGAAAAUGUUCUACAUGUCAGAGACGCUGACACCCAUAACAAGAUCUACCAUGCCCUCGAGCUUCAGUUUGGCAAGCGAUACCCCGGCUCUAAAAUCUAUGGCGACGGAAACGCGGUGCCUCGUAUCCUAAAGUUUCUGAGUGACAUUGACCUGGAAGAGCCCCUCCAAAAGACCUUCUGCUUCCCCCCUGUGAAAGACCCCAUAUCGCAGGACAUCGAUCACAUCCUGGAGACACAGAGCGCUCUGGCCGUCGACCUGGGAGGGACCAACCUGAGGGUGGCCAUUGUCUGCAUGAGGGGCAACAUAGUAAAGAAAUACACUGAGCCCAACCCUAAGACGUUCGAGGAAAGGAUGCGUUUGAUAUUAAAGACGUGCAAAGAUGCUGUGCGAGAUGCUGUGCACCUCAACUGCAGAAUCCUUGGCGUUGGCAUUUCCACCGGUGGACGCGUAAACCCACAGGAAGGCAUCGUCCUUCACUCUACCAAGCUGAUCCACGAGUGGUCCUCCGUGGACCUGAGGACCCCCAUCUCGGACGCCCUGGGUCUACCCGUCUGGGUCGACAACGACGGCAACUGUGCCGUGCUGGCCGAGAAGAAGUUUGGCCACGGCAGGGGGGUAGAAAACUUUGUCACAGUCAUCACAGGAACAGGUGAGAAAGAAGGUAUUGGAGGAGGGCUUAUCCAUAACCAUGAGCUGAUCCAUGGUAGUACCUUCUGUGCUGCUGAGCUGGGCCACAUCAAGGUUUCCCUGGAAGGCCCAGAGUGUUCGUGUGGCAGUCAGGGCUGCAUAGAAGCCUUUGCGUCUGGUAUGGCCCUGCAGAGGGAGGCGAAACGGUUGCAUGACGAGGACCUGCUGAAGGUGGAGGGGAUGGAUAUGAACCUUGCUGAGCCAAUCACUGCUGCCCACCUCAUCAGCGCAGCCAAUAAUGGCAACUCCAAAGCCAACGCCGUCCUGCACAAAGCAUCCAUGGCACUCGGUGUUGGGAUUGUAAACAUCCUCCACAUAGUCAACCCCUCGCUGGUGAUUUUAUCUGGAGUCCUGGCCUCGUAUUACCAGGCCCCAGUGCAGGACGUCAUCAAAGAGAGAGCACUUGUCUCCGCCCAGAGCAUCAAGGUCCUCAAAUCUGACUUGGAAGAACCGGCCUUACUUGGCGCUGCUAGCAUGGUGUUAGACUACGCAACUAGAAGGACAUACUGAAAAGUGUCGGUUCUGAAAAUGUCAGAGCACACUUGAACACGUUUUACCGGAACAUACCGAGUACAUGUUUGAUAAGGAGCACGGGCUUCUAGUAAAGACUUGAAUCAAAUAUUGCAAUUAAUCCUUAUCCUAAUUUAAACUUGGAUUGUUUUUUUUUUAUGGGUCUUACUUGGUUUAGUUUUUAAUUGGGGGAGGGCUUGAGUGAUAGACUAGAUUAUAACAGAAUAUUAAUUUUUUCCUGUCUGAAAAGCUAAAUUAUUUUUGUGUGUGUUUUUUACCAUCUAAUUUGUGAAGCAUUUACCAGUUGCCUUUGUGUUUUGCUGAAUUUAAGCAACCACAGAUUUUAUCCAUCCGUGUUUCUUCCGUUAACGUCACCACUGACAGCUAUGUUGACACCAUUGUGGUUAAGGUUGUGAACCAUUUUGUUUACUUUUUUUAUUUUUAUUUUUUAUUUUAUUUUUUUACACACAAACAUUUGUGCUAGUUCUUGGCUCUGCCAGUCCAAACAAAAAAAGCUCUGGAACUAUCCGAGCUUUUUAUGACAGUUUUUAAAGCACUAAGGCUACUAUGUGCACUUUGUUGGAGACAAUCUUAUUGUUGUAAUCUGCGUCUGUUUGGUGUGCAAAAAUUGGUGAUGGAGAACAGCAGCGAAAAGUUGAUGUCUGCCACCUGAAUUGCAACCUACACUUCACUGGCGAUUAUUUUUAUAUGACGAGAUUCCUGUUGUGUUUAGUCGUUCUUUGUUUUUCUUUUUUUCUUUUUUUUUUUUUGCUCAGAACUUGCCAAAUUCUUCAUUUUGCCCCUCCUGAUAUUCUCAUCUUCUUGGCAGAUUUGUUUUGCUGUAUGGUUCACUUUCGUCAAACCUCUGCUAGUGUCUUGUGAGUUGUCAGAAACUGUUUCCAAAUCCAAAUGGCGCCCUUGAAAUGGUCCCCAGACGUUCCCACGUUAAAGUUCCCAAAAUAUUCAUUCAGUUUAGGGUUUAUUUGCUUUGGUUUAAAGAUUAUCGUCUUCUCUGUAAUCCCAAAGUCAUUGUAUCACUUUAACCUGAAUGUUUUGGGGUAAUAAAACCAUACUGUAGUUCUUCAUCACCAAGAACUGCUUUGACACAGUGGACCGAUUAAUUUUUAUUUUUUUACUGGAAUUAAAAACUGUUCUGAUCAAAUUUUAACAUAAUUGUAUUAUGUUUGUGUUUCUGCUGCUAUUUGGGUUGUCCACAAAAGAAGUACUUUUGUUUCUUGGGUGGGGGAAUGGAAUCCUGGAUAUUAUAAACUGACUUAUGGUGGGAAGUGUGCAACAUGCUGGAAAUAUCUCUUAUUGGCUCCCUACAGUAAAAUGAAGCUUUAUUUAAGCUCACAGAGCUUUUUUUUUUUUGUUUUUUUUAAACAAAACUCAGAUGUGACCAAAGUUUUGUCAAGGCGUUUUGCUGUACAGUAGCUUCUAUUUCCGUUAUGAUGAAUAAAUUUGUCAGUUUUCUCUA